GCAAUAAUUGUGAAACGGUAAACGUCUCGCAAGGCAGGAGAGAAAUCCGCAAAAAAAUAAAUAUAUAUACAUAUAUACAUUAAACAUCUGUUUGCCAACGGAAGCUGAGCGACUAUACGAAUCCCAAGAGAAAUAUGGCCACUGCUCACUUGCCCAUCCAGAAGUACAAAUACUACGAGCACAAUGGAGAGCCGGGCUGCCAGGGGCUGGACGAGGUGAACCGCAUGUUCCGAAACUUCUGGGAUCCCACCGCCUACUGGAUGUGCGAUAAGCAGGGCACGCGUGCUCGCUUCCUACGCUGCCCCAAGUCACAGCUGUACUCGGAGGAGCUCGGCCGCUGUGUGCACUACACGGAAUGGAGAUGGACGGAUCCCAAGGAGCCGCCAAGUCGGCCACAGUCCUAGGCAAUGGGCCCACAAUUCGUUCGCCAGCUCACACACUCUCAUUAUUUAUACAUAGAACAUAACUCUUAUAUUUAAUAUAACAUUUAAGUCUCGUA